GGCAAGUUCUGCUCGCUCACAAGUCACAACUACUAUCUCUGCAAGUUUGUUCCUCAGAUAUACUGUUUGGCUAUCUCCCUUCGACUCUGUGCCGUCGGUGAAUUUGGUUGUAUUUGUUUGUUCAUUGAUAGAAAGAUGGGAGCAAAGGCAAAGAAAGCGUUGAAGAAGAAGUUGCAGAAGAUUUCGACACCAUUACCCGUUUCUAGCAAUAGAGAAUCAGCUGAUUUCUUGCCACUUGAAGGUGGUCCUCCAAGAAAGCUUCCUGAACAGAAGUCGCUGGAAAAGGGUGCUACCGUCCUAUACAUUGGCAGGAUACCUCAUGGAUUUUAUGAGAAGGAGAUGGAAGAAUAUUUUAAUCAAUUUGGUAAGAUCAGGAGACUGAGGAUUGCACGGAAUAAGAAGACAGGAAACUCCAAACAUUUCGGAUUCAUCGAAUUUGAGGCUCCUGGGGUAGCAGAAAUCGUUGCUGAUUCUAUGCAUAAUUAUCUAUUAUUUGAGCAUCUCUUGCAAGUCCAUGUAAUCGCUCCUGAACAUGUUCAUCCAAAAUUAUGGAGAGGCUAUAAUUAUAAACGUAAUCCGGUGGACUGGGUUCAAAUUGAACGAAAGAAACAGAACAAGGAAAGAACCCUGGACUCGCACAAAAAGCUGGUUGAGAAUAUAAUGAAGAGAGAUCGGAAGAGGAAAAAGAGGAUAGAGGCUGCUGGUAUUGAGUACGAGUGCCCAGAAAUUGUUGGUAACAUUCAGCCUGCUCCAAAGAAGAUCAAGUUUGAUGAUGAGUAGAAAAUUCUGCUGCAUUAUUAAUAGGGAUAUAAAUGGCUGCUCAUCCUUUUUGGUCAUGCUUGGUUUUCAUUGUCGUGGAGAAAAAGAGCAGAAGCAGAAGAGUGACCUUUUUAAUCUUAUUUUACCUUGUAUUUUCUGCGGAAGAUAAAUAUUGGUCCUAUAGGGAUAGGACCCAUCUGAAUGUUAAGCUUGCAACACCUUUGAUCCUUGAAAUAACUUCGCUAUAAUAUUUGUACGCAUAUUCCUUAGUCUUUUGCCAAAUCCAGCUUGUGAUGAA